GGGAAGGAGGGAGGGAGAGAGAGAGAGAGGUGUGCAGGGACUCAGGAAACAUCUCGGCCUAGGGGACGCAAUCCCCUCGGCAGAAUGGGGUCCCGACCAUCUCGAGAGGGCACUCACUCAAGAGAGCAAGACCAGGCCAUCCCGAACAGGGGCAGGUGGGGACCCCGCACCUAGCAAGCUCGAGGGGUGUUGGGAACUUGGGCUGGGGAAUGCGAGAAGGGCUCACCUCGUUGACCUCGCGCGCGUACCGCAGCGCCCUGUGCGUCUGUGAGCCCUCAGGCACACACCCACCAAAGGGAGACCCACGGGCCGAACGGGCUCGUGGCUGCAUCUUGUAUAUCUGAGCUAGGUUAGAAGUGAUUUUGCCCAGGGAUCCGAUGAGAAGAGUCUGGGUUUAACAGAAUAGUUCUGGAGUAAGAUUUAAAAGGUACAGGUAAGCUCCACCCGUGUGUGCGUGUGUAACUCCUAAUAAACAUGUGUAUAAUUUUUAGAUCCACAUGUGCUGCCUGCUUCCCCUGCUCCUGUACUUGGUGAGAGGCUCUUUCUGAACAAAAACUGGAGGAAAAUCAGGAAGGCGCUCGCGCUCGCACACAUACGCACACGAACCGCCCACAAAUGCAUUGCAUUCCACAGCGGAGUAAACACGAGUAUUGUACAGUGUUGGAUUGUUUAUGUUGGUGAGGGCUCCCUUUACUGAAGUUAAUAGGAAGUUACCUGCAUAGAAGGACGUGGACUGCCCUUGACUGAGCUCUUAGGAUGUCCACAGCCUGUACCCAGCCCUGAGCGGCUGCACCCUAGUCUAGGUCACCCGGCAGGGCUCUAGGCUGCUUAGACCCUCAGUCGAUGUGUAUCCGAGAGUAUGUCUGAAGAUAAACAAAGGACCAGUGCAUUGCCUGUUUUUUUUUUUUCCUUUUGUUUGUCUUGAAAGCCUGGCUCCCUUUGAUUAGUUAAAUAAUAUUGACAUCAUAUAUUAACAUAUCCUAUAUGGUUAAUUAUGUGUGGUAAUUAGUUUAAUUAUUUGAUAUAACAGCUAAUUCAGGAAGACCCGGGGCCCUGGGAAUCCUGUUAAGUGGAUUUCUCUGGUAGAAGGUUGCUGGGCUUUGAGAGGCAGUGGGGGAGACUCCUUCCCUUUGCUAUAGAUACAGGUUCAUCUUCUGAUACACCCUGAGACUUGAGCUUCCUGGGAGGACCAAAGACUAUUUUGGUAACUAGCAUAUGUUGCCCCCCUCCCCCUUUUCUUUCCCUUCAUGAAAAAGCUCUUCAAUAAUCAUGCAAGUUAAUGGAAAAGUGAUCUAUUCAUUUCACAAGUAUUAUUUCAGGACAAGAUUCUUUUUUUUUUCAUCAGGUGGUGGUCAAGAAUCUUGCAUCAAAAUCUGCAUUAUCAUUAUUGCAGUAGUGUAUUUAUCCACUUGGACAGAGAGCUAGCUGAUUGUUCCAAUUCUUUAUCCAAAUGUUAGACUAAAUAUGCCAGGAUUUACACAUUCAAAUAAAUGCAUAUUUCUCCCUUUCAGAAGCCUCAUCUUGGCAAGCUGUGUACUAAUUCUAGUGAUGCUGUCACUGCCGAGAAUAAUUUUGGAACCCCUGCCUUGGAGUUGCCUUUGGAGUUGGCAGCACAUUUAAUGAAUUGCCUCUGUGAUGGCAAACCUGUCUCUGCUGGGAAACGGCCAAACACCAUGUGGGGCCAACUUCGCUGGGGAAUCGAAGUUGUCAUAGGAAGUACGUCCAUUAAUGUAAUGAAAGUCCUCUUGCAGGACUAGUGUCUCUAGAAGGGUCAUGCAGUAAAGGGCAUGUGGAUGUGUUUACGAUUGUAAAGUAGUUGGUUUGAAAUGCAACUUGCAGUUGGGUGUUUGUGCCCUGGUGUGUGUGUAAGAACUGGUCCUGGAGCACCAUGUUACACACGAUGGCCUAUUGGGCUGGAGAGAAGAAGGCUUUCUUCUCCCCUUCCAUUACUCUUUACCAUGCUGUUUCCAUACUGUGCAUUUUUACAAAACACAAAAUGAACGAAAGACUUAUUUUUUCACAAAAAAUGUCCCCAGAAACUCACUUACCCCAUGGGUCGUUAAUGCCUGGUACCCGAGUUUUAAAGUAGAAAGAUCUCUAUAGAACCAAGAAGAGAAUGAUUUCCAAAAACCCAUUUCAGUCUGGGGAUUCCACAGCACACAGAGUGAAAAAUGAACAUACCCCUUUCCCAUCUUUGUUUCCCUAAAUUCCCAUAUAUAUAUUUUCAGUUUAUAUAACAUAAAGCUUCGUACAGCCAUGGCUUGACUCUUGAUCUAGCUGUGAUCUUCACAAGCAAUUUCAUCUCUUUUGGCCUCUGUUUUCUUGUCCUAAAAUGAAGAUAACAAUGAGUAGGUAGCUCGUGGGACCGUGAUGAAGAUUAAGUAAGAUUUAUGUGUGUAGAGCCUGAGACCAGUGCCUUGUACAUUAUCAGCGCUCCACAGAGUCUAGCUGCUUUUGUUAUUAAUAGUGCUCAUUGAUAGUUUUAUAUUAAAAUUCCUUUGAAGCCAUGUAGAAAUCGAUCCUUUCCAAGUAGUCAUCAUAUUCCUUUUGGCUGGACUUUGCAAAUGAAUGUAUCAAUAGGAACACUUUGUAUUUACUUCGUGUUUACUUUGUUUUUACUCUCCUCACUUUUUCCCGAGUUCAUGUAUCCGGAGGGCUGGACUGUGGGUUUCUCCUUGCGGCAGUGGCGGGAGGGGAGAUUACGAACUGUGGGGACCAGAGUCAUGGCAGGAAAGGCAUUUAGAAAGUUUGUUCCACUCUUUGACCGCGUAUUAAAUGAAAGGAGUGCAGCCGAAACUGUAACCAAAGGAGGCAUUAUGCUUCCAGAAAAAUCUCAAGGAAAAGUAUUGCAGGCAACAGUAGUUGCUGCUGGAUCGGGCUGUAAAGGAAAGGGUGGAGGGAUUCAGCCAGUGAGUGUGAAAGUUGGAGAUAAAGUACUUCUCCCAGAAUAUGGAGGCACUAAAGUAGUUCUAGAUGACAAGGAGUAUAAGGAUUAUUUCUUAUUUAGAGAUGGCGACAUUCUUGGAAAAUACAUAGACUGAAAUGUCACUAUUGAAAUGGUAUCACGUGAAGCUGCCCAUUCCACUAAAGUUCUGAAAUCUUUUCAUCAUGUAAAUAAUUUCCACCUCUCUUUUAUAAUAAACUAAUGAUAUCCAAACUAAUGACAUCCAGUGUCUCUAAAAUUUAGUUUCACUGCACUGAUAGAAACAUUUCCAAAUGAAAAUAUAUAAAUGAAAAAAAAAAAAAAAAGAAAAGAGUGACCUUGAAAGCAAUUGUAGGUAGCUACUUUAUUUUGAAUUCAGGUAUUUUUUAAAACAAACAAUACUGCUUGGAUUGGGUUUUAGGUAUAGCGGUUUGGUAAAAAGCUGGAGAAAAAUUGUUUAAAAGCUUCUCCUAUAAUUUUUUCCCUUGAUCCAAUAAAAUAUUAUUCUAACAAAAUAGCUGCAGUUCUCUUGGCAUAUACUGAAAGGCAUGAUUCUGGGGAACAUUUGUUUCAGUUAUACUGGAGUUUUGUUCUGCUGUGUUUUUUCGAUGAUAGGGAGGAAGAACCUGGCACGAAAUUCUCAGCGCUUCUAUAAAUACUGACAUUAAUUUUUGUGCAGAUGUGUGAAUUUUAUUUAAAAUAUUUAUGUAUAAAUUAGGAAGAUGCAAAAAUGAAUUUUAUCUGAUUUUUAAUCAAAUGGUUAGGAGUUACUGUGAAAUAGAUAUUUCAUGAAAUGUUCCACCUUUAGUGAGAGUUCUGUCUGUUUCAGGGAAGUAUGUGUAGGAAACAGAGGUACCAGAAACAGACUUCAUCCUGCAGAAGUUCACAUCACGUGCUCUCUUCAGACAAUGCAUUAGCAAGACAUUCUUCCUUCUAACGGCUUAUGGGGCUAAGGCUUAAUGUGGAUUUCACUCCAUGUUCUUUUCCCUUUAUUUCUUGGAGAAGGCUAAAUAUAUCGAUCUCUCAAUAGUGUUCAUAUUUUUGAUGUGGAAUAACUCUGGAUUAGAUUCUGCUGUGCAUUCAGAGGCCAUAAAAGGAGAAAAGGGCUCUAAAAAUACUUAUCGGAUUUUUAAACUGCUAUAGAGUCUGCCCUCCCUGUGGGGCUGGCGGGGGAGCUGCAUCCUCCGAUUCAACCGACUGUAGAUCAAAAUGUCCACACAAAUUUAAUCAAUAGUCAGUCUAGGAAAGAAAUGGAAAAUUUUAUUUGAGCCAACCUGAGGAUUAUAACCUGGGAGACAGUCUCUCAGAGAGCUCGGAGGACUGUUCCAAAGAGGUAAGGGGGAGGCCAGGUGCAGGAUUUGGGAGCGGGGGUACAUGCAAAAAAGCACACAUCUUGGGAGGAGGUUACUGCUGUUUGCAAGAAACAGGUAUUUCAGUUAAUGGUUUUAGUGCUUUUCUAAGUGUGGAAAGACACAAGAAACUGGAUUUAUAAAAUUUUUUUCUGAAACAUCUAACCACCUGAGGGCCGGUUCUGACAGUUUUCCCAGAGCACAGAAUGCCUCAUCCUGAUCUUUGCCCUGAAUUCCUUUCAUGGUGUGCUGUGUAGGGUCAGUGACUGCAGGGGCUGAAAUCCAGAAGACUGGAUUCUUGUACAAAUGGGUGGUGGGCAGUGCUCUUUGUCUGAUAGUCCCCUCCCUUUUGGUCUUAAUUGCUACUAAGGUUUGGGAGGCAUUUUGUGACCACUCUGUCCCACAGUGCAAGGAACGCUCGUUCCCAGGUCAGGGGAGGAUUUGGUUGACAGGCCACUCCAUGUGCUGUUACUGGACUAGGCUCUGGUAACAGUAGCCAAAAGCCUCUGGACCGCCUGUCUGACUAGCCUGUUAUGGUCCAGGAAAUGGUUCUGUCUUGUUGCUUCUUCCCAUAUCUAGAGUUACACUAUUACAAUCAUUUAUCUUAUCCAGCUAUAUAUUUGAUCAAUCUUUUCAAGUCACCCAGUCAUCAUUCAUUUCAUCAGAGGCUCAGUCAUACACUUGGUAAUGCAGGGAACAAAUCUUGUAAAAUAGGCAGAAUACAAGUAAUAUAUCUAGUAACAUCAAUAAGGUCACAAGUAAGUUUUCUUUUUUUUUUAACAAAGGUUGAAAUCUAUUUUAUAAGUAAGUAUUUAAGGGAAGAGCUUCCAUUAGGUGUGGCCCAGUAUCUCCCCAGGUCGUCUGACCAGUCGAUUCUGCAUCAGUCACUGUCUUUAAGGAGAGUAAUAUGUUGGCCUGUACGUAAAGCUCACCAAAGAUGUCUGCAGGUACAAGGUGAGUGGCAGGUCUCCGUUGUGACCCCUUAGACAACAGACGAAGGAAUGUUAUCUUCUAAGGAGUUACACGGCUGGCGUCAGAAGACAAACAAUUGAUCUCUGUGUUUGAGCAGGUACUUCUGCCAUUGGUGGGGGGGUCUGGUUAACGCACAGAGCAGAUGCACAGUGCACAGCAGAGGGGAGGGAGGAGGCCAAAGGGCAGAGGAAAUUUUCUGUUUAAAUUUUCCUUGCCUUGCCUUAAAAUGUGAAUUGAAACAAACAUCAGAAAAUAUUUGGGAAGAGAAAAUUCCAGAAAGUUCCAAGAAACAAAACUUGAAUUUGUCAUA